AACAUCUCUGAUUGAACAAAACAAACAAAAUGGCGCCCAGAUGAGCACCUCCAAGAAAAAAGCAGAGAUCGAAGGCGUUGGGUAUUCUCUAGAUCUAGAGAUCUUUCCGGUUAUGUUGUGUAACACGUUCAUUGGAAAUACUUACUCUGUAACUGAUUGGCACAUUGUGAAUUGAAAAUGGAUUCUUUUGAGGAUAACACAGAAUUGGUGAAGAUGAAGAGGAAAUUUGCUGCCUCACACGACGAAGACGACACAUUUAAUUUCAGCAAAACGCGCCAUAAUCUUCUCCGUGAUUUUGAUGAAACCCCUGCCAAAGUGAGAAAAGCUUCUGAAAUGACAACUAAAGGUCCACUCUUCGGCAGUAAACCGAAAGAUUUUGCUGUAGCAAGAAAAGAAGCGAGUUUGAUGGAAGCAGAGAUCAUUACCUUGAAAACCUCAAUCACUCAGCUGCAAGAUCGUCUCUCUUCCUCUGAAACUGUUUCACGUCAAUCUCAGAUUGAUCACGAAAAGGAAAUUGCGAAGUUCAGAGCUGAAAAAGAGAGAGAUGCUAAUAAAGUGAGUGAGCUUCACUCGAAACUGCAGUAUGUCAUGGAAAAAGAGAGAAACGCCAGAGAGACGCUUAACAGCCUGGAGAAAGACCUGUCAAGUCAGAAAUGGGAAAUGGAUAAGAAGAUUUCUGCUGCUCAGAAAGAGAAAAGAAGUGCAGAGGAUAAAGCUCAGGCGCAAAAACAAAAAUGGCACGAGGCUGAGUCAAACCUCCAUGACCAAAUUAUUCAGCAAAAGAAAGAAAUCAUCAAACUUCAGAGUAUGUAUGGUGAGGCACAAGCUCAGCUUUCCUUAAGAGAAAGACGUGAUACAAGCAACACUGUGCAUCUCUCAGAGGUGGAUGAUUUGAAGAAACAGCUGAAAGCUGCCCAGGAAAAAGUAAAGGCCCUAGAAAGCCAGUUGGCAGAGCAUGCUGACAAUCUUGUGGUUACAAAAGCUCUGAAGGAAGACCUAGAUCUUGUACCCAAAAUGAAAAGUGACUUAGAGAAGUUGCGAUUGGACAACGAGCAGCUAAGGUAUAAUGAGCAAAACUGCUUGUUGCUUGAGGAAGAGGUACGGAGUUUGAAAAAAAAAUUGGAACUUGCAGAAACAGAAAAUAAGCGGAUCGUUGAACUCGAGGUUACCAAUGAGGAGCUGCAGGGUAGACUGACGAGAUGGGAAGUCAGUGACAGCAGUGGGAGCCGAAGGCCGCAGUCUCCAAGUUCUUUAUCAAGACGUGUCACGGAACUGGAGACAUCUCAAGCAUCUUUGACCCUUAAGGAAGGAGAACUGCAAACUUUGGCUAACAGUACGAAGUUAAGACUGGAACAAGCUCAGAACGCAAACCAGAAGUUAUCAGCUGAACUGGCAAAGGAGAGGAACCUUGUGACUCAGCACAGUGAUCUUAUCAAGAGACUGAAGAGAAAAGUCUUACUGCUAUCUAAGGAACGAGACAGUUACAAAAGUCUUCUGGAUUCCUAUGAGAAUGAAGUGACGUGCAACUUUGAUGUCCAGAAGCAGGCCCACACACAACGGCAAGAGGAUGUACUGCAGAAUUACAGAACGGAAGCUGCACAGCUGGAGGCAGAGAUUAGUCGUCUGACAGAAAGACUAGCGGAGACACAGCAAAGACUUGAUGCUGCUCAGCAAGAACUGCACACGUUCAAGUCAUCAGAUAAACACUCAUCUUCUGUGCGGCACGAACAAGACAUAAGAAAAGCGCGGGAGCAGGUAGCUGAACUUGAAAUCAAACUAGCAAAGGUUGAAAGUGAAAGAGACAUCCUGGAGGCACGUAUUGAACAAAGGCAUCUACAAGGGGAUUAUGAUCCUUCGAAGACCAAGAUUGUUCAUAUUUCUAUGAACCCAUGCGCAGUGGCUCAAAAGACUCGACAGGAGGAAUGGGAAAGUCUACACCAGGAAGUGGAAAUGCUGAGGAAAAGAAAUAAAAUUCUGGAAGAGCAAGGGGGAGAAGUGGAAGACCUCACUAUUCAGGUGAAGGAGAAACUGCAGCAUCCUUCACCCAGCAAAGAACUCGAAGAGAUGAAGGCGCAGGUGAAGAGAGAGGAAAUGAGAAACCAGCGUCUCAUGGAGGUCUUCAAGAAGACAAGCCAAGAAUUUCGAGAAAUUUGUUACCAACUAACUGGGUACAAAAUAGAUAUACCCUGCUCCAACCAGUAUCGCCUCACCAGUAUGUAUGCAGAAUCGCCCAGGGAUCAUCUCCUUUUCCAGCAAAAUGCUCAAGGCGAAAUCCAGAUGCUCGAGACAGAUUUCUCUACCACUCUUCAGGAAGCCAUGGAGUUAUACUUAAAGAGGCAGCAAAGCAUUCCUGUCUUCCUCAGCAGCAUUACAAUGGACUUGUUCAGUCGACAGACUAUCCUGACGGAGUCGUUCAGUGAUAACAGAUAGAUUUACAAACCUUUUUUUUUGGUCUCAUUUACAUACUUACUACUCUGCUAUGUCAUUGUUGAAUAAAGAAAUAUGAAAAUGAUUUAGAAAAAU